GGCGGCGGGGAGCCGGGCUGGGCCCUGCGCCGGCCGCCAUGGGACCCGCCUGAGCGGCGCGGCCGCGGCGCAGACAGCGGGGCCGGCCCGCCCGCUCCCCGGCGGGGGCGGCGGGGCCAGGCCCGGGCCCGCGGGCCGGGCAUGGGCGGCGCGGCGGCGGGCGGGCGCUGAGGCGGGCGCUGAGGCGGGCGGCGGCAGCAUGGAGGCCAUCUGGCUCUACCAAUUCCGCCUGAUCGUCAUCGGCGACUCCACCGUGGGCAAGUCCUGCCUCAUCCGCCGCUUCACCGAGGGGCGCUUCGCCCAGAUCUCCGACCCCACGGUGGGCGUGGAUUUUUUCUCCAGGCUGGUGGAAAUCGAGCCGGGCAAGAGGAUCAAACUGCAGAUCUGGGACACGGCCGGGCAGGAGCGGUUCCGGUCCAUCACCAGAGCCUACUACAGGAACUCGGUUGGCGGACUCCUCCUCUUUGACAUUACAAACCGCAGGUCCUUCCAGAAUGUCCACGAGUGGCUAGAGGAGACCAAGGUGCACGUCCAGCCCUACCAGAUCGUCUUUGUUUUGGUCGGUCACAAGUGUGACCUUGACACGCAGCGGCAAGUCACCAGGCAUGAGGCUGAGAAACUGGCUGCUGCAUAUGGUAUGAAGUACAUUGAGACCUCCGCUCGGGAUGCCAUUAACGUGGAGAAGGCCUUCACUGAUCUGACUCGAGAUAUAUAUGAGCUUGUUAAAAGGGGGGAAAUUUCAAUCCAGGAGGGAUGGGAAGGCGUAAAGAGCGGGUUUGUCCCAAACGUAGUGCACUCUUCAGAAGAAGUGGUGAAAUCAGAUAGGCGAUGCUUGUGCUGAGCUCUUCUAGUGAGGCAAGUGGUGAUGAACUCUACUAACCAAACAUACUUUACUAAGUGAACUCAGUGUGACAGAAGGGAGAGCAACGCUCCCGUUGUGAACAGCCUCCCACAUUGUUUUGGACACCAGAACAGACCCCAGAAAGAAAUGUUCUGUUCCAAAUAAUCUUUCAGAACCGGGUGGCUACAAACCUAAAGGCGAGUGAGUGAGGGUGCAUGUAGAUGUUGUCAGGAGCCAGGAAGCAGAAAUGAGGGGCUGCACGAGACAGGAGAGAGUACACAGAGAGCUGAACAGGCUGGCACAUGCCAGGGUACUGUACACGUCCUCUUUUCAGUAAAUCCAUAGCUCCGUGCUGGGUGUUGAAGCCACGGUAUGGAUACUUUAGUAGUAUGACAAACAGGGAGACAGAGAGAAAGAAAGGGGACAUCUUCAUUUGUGUCAGGUGAUUAUUACCAGGAAGGUGUAAAGGCAGCACAGAUACCGUUUCCUCAUAAGGCCAAGCCAUGGGAAAAGUUUACUGACAUGGUAUGUACACUUCUGAAUUUUCUUUAUGGUCUUGAACCCAGUUCAAUAGCAAAGGCUAUUCUAUGGGAUUUAAAGAGGAAAACAGUAGUUAUUUGGUAACUAAAGUUCAAAUUAUUACCCGGCCCCAGUGCUUUUCUUGCUGUGCUGAACUGGGAUUCUAAGCGGCAACUCCUGCUCCAGUAGUAAUUAGUCAGUGCAUUUUUAUGCAUUUACUGCCUAGGUGAGUACCUUGAAAGUGCCCCGAGUUCAGGGCUUUCCAAUUGAAUUAGGUGAUCAAGAGCAUAAAGCGAGAACCAUGUCCUCAUGGCGUAGCUUAAGGCUGGGGUGUUGCAGCCAGGUGGGACACACCAACAUUUCUGUCUCGCUAACAGCACUGCGCUGCUCUUUUGGGCGCCUUACCAGGCAGGUCACAGCGGGAAUGGAAUGGAGCGGCGUGGGGGGAAACCAAAACCCCAACACAAUAAAAAAACUUGAAAAGCUUAACUCAGGUGCGUCAGCCAUCCUAAAAGGUGAGAUUUGCUUUAAAAGCAGUUAAAUAGCACGGAAGGCAACAGCUUCCAUCAGUACUUUCUGCUGUUAAAGUGUCAUUUUCUUUCUUGGCAUCUGUGGAAGAGACCUAGCCCUGGGAAGGAGGAGCACACAACAGAAGUGUCUGAGCAGGUGGAAAGGAAAGCCACAAGACAAGGUCAAGAGUAAAAUUUGUUUUCCUCCAUGUUUUAAUUUGAGAAGAGAGGAUCCAUCUCAGGUUGGUCAUUAUGGGAUGGCAGCCGUGUUACAUCCACGUAGGUGGAUGUUUUCUGGGAAUGCCUUUCACCACUUAGAAGCUUUGCUUCCGCUAAGUUUUAACUUAAGCUUUUGAAGUGCAGCAGGGUAGCUGCUCCUGUAGCAAACUAGGCCAGUUCAGCCUAUUAAAAGCAAACAAACAAAACUGCAGUGACUUUUUUUUUGAACUCCAGUUUGCAAGCUUUAUACACCAACCUGCUAAUGGGCAGGAGGGAAGGAUUAGGUUAAAAAAACCACUGGAAGCAGCUAGUGUUUAAUUUUUAGGCCUCUAAGUAGAGAAGAAUAAAAUACUUGUUACAGUUUUUUAAGCUACCCCAUCUAUAGAAGCGUGGGUCUUCUUGAUUGCUGGUGAGUUCAGACUAUUUCUCCCUUUGAACCUGUUCUCACGGUUUGCAGCACAUGGGCAGCUCUGUAUGAAGAAGAAGAAAAAAAGAAAACCAACUGUGGUUUCCAUAUUGAAGCUGUAAAAAAACAAAUGAACCCAACCAACCAACACCCUGAAAAUGAAUAACAUUUUUAUUUUCAGAACUCUAGGAACAAUUUUGGUUCCUGGGCUCUGCAGGGGCGCAGCGGUGCAGCAGCGUGGCACCUGCUGGGAGGGCACUGGUGGCAAAUGAGAGGAAGGGAGGGGUGGCAGGGGGCUAGCACCGCUCAGUAAGCUUAUCACUGCAAACCCCCGAUCGCACUUGAGUAGGCUGGAAACGUAGCAAAACCCUUGUGUUAAAGCCCAGUGAAUUCCAGGCAGAUUCAGCUGUGGUCGAGUUGAAUGCCCUGAAGAUUGAUUUAAAAGUUAAAAUUAAAAAAAAAAAAAAAAAAUCCCUUUACAAAAUCUCUUUCUAGGUAAGCAAAGCUGGAGAAGAUUGAUGCUGAGAGUGCCACAGGAGCUUGGCUGCCAUGGGCUCUCACGGGCUGCCGCCAGUGGAGAGUGCAAGGUUUGCUCGGACCAGGUCUGUUAGUCGUGCUUGCACAAAGGCAAGGACAACGGGUGCGAAAGGGUCAGUCUCUUGGUUCUCUGAUGGAAAGUCCGCCAGGCAACGGCGUUGGUCUUUCAGGGUCCAGCUGUUCACGAGGUGUGUCCUGGGUUGCCUAGCUGAGGGCAGCAGAGCUGGGGUGCUGCAUUAACGGCGGUUAGAAGCCGGAUCAAACGGCGUUUUAGCAAUAGUAAAAUUCUGUAAUUCUCUGUGCAGGAACCUGGCCAGCAGGGGAAAGAUCACUUUUCACGAGACAACCGAUAUUUUCUUUAAUGGGUUUUGGACAUUCCCCUUUACUGCUCCCAGAGAGAAAUUCCAGAAAGCGGAAAUAAGUAAGUGCAUUCAGGUCUUCACAGUAAAUCAUUUUAAAAACACAAGUGUCGGAAUUCUAAAGAGGAAGAGUACAGAAGAAAAUGUACGCAGUCUUAACUACUUAGAGGUAAUAAAUGGUUAUAUUAAAUGAUAGAGAAAUCAUUAUAUACAUCUUUUUCUAAUUCCUUGCAUUUUCUAGACAGCGUAUUAAAAUAUAGGAAAUGUAGAUUCAUCUGUACAAAAUUUGGAAUGUUUUUCUAUGAUGAAGAACUUAUAGGAUAUGCUAAGAAUUCUUUUCUAACAACUGGUUUUAAUCCUUUGACUUCUAGUGCAAGAGGGUUUUAGAGAAAUCAGAAGGUGAUACCUUUUCAGAGGAUAAAGGUCAGGAGCUCUUUUACUCUAGGACAAAAAGAAAAAAAAAAAAAAAAGAAAGAAAAAGCUAACUUUCUGUGGUCUCUACCACAUGUUAAAAACAAUCUGCAUGUUAGAUUGAAAUUGCUCAGAACCUCCAGAAUAAAAGCAUACUCUACACUUUCCUCGCUUUCUGUUAUGCACUGUAACGAAAUGUGAAAAUAAUGCUGUAUUUAGCUGUCUGUAUGUGACUGAAAAUAUGCUUGUAUUUAGCAAAAUGGUUACUAUGUGAUAAUGUGAAAUUUAAAACUUGUAAAGAAACUUUGGUGGGUUUUUUUUCUCUUCUUCCCCCUUCCCAUUCUUCACCAGUAAGCUAUCUGCCACCUGUGCCACUUCCAUACCGCAGCCGGAACUGUAAGUCUAACAUGGACCGGCUCAACAAUAAACAGGCACUCUGUGCAACUGCA